GCGGUCAAUGCUCCGUUUGCUGUGCACGUUACUUUGCUUAUUUGUAGGCCACAUGGUUUGCUGAUGGCAGCUGCGCAUCGGCGUCGCGUUUCGCAGCCGAAUGUAACCGGUGGUAGAGCGUGGCCCGUCGGUGGCUCUCUUUGCCCGUGCUGUCAACCCGUGGUCCGUCCGUGUCCUGGCUUGCCGAACGCUGAGCUCGUGUUCGUGUUCGCCAUCUAUAGUAUCGCCGUUCAAAGGAAAACUGUCGCCAUAAAUCAAAAGGUCAUGCCAGGUUCCGAGCCGGUGGGAGCACACUUGGCGGGAUGCAUAGCUAGGCGAUCGUGAUUAAUACACUUUUUCGCUACAAGCUUGCAGGCUUGGCGCUUGCGAGCGCACUGUCCACCGUGUGCUUCUCAACAGCUCUUGGGUUUUGCUUGAACUUGUAACGCAGAUGGAUGUACAAACCAAGCUGCACCAAGAAGUUCUCGCCUUCGAGGAAAGGGCGCGGAAGCAACCCCGACAACCUCACAUGGGAU